GCGCAUCACGUUUGAGGGGCUGCGGCGCUCUUUCGCAAGCCAGCAACCUUCAACAUGGGCAAGCCACGGAUGAUCAUCCUGAUCCGCCACGCCCAGUCUGAGGGAAAUAGGAAUCGCGAUAUACACCAGUUCAUCCCCGACCACCGCGUCAAGCUCACCGCCGAGGGAUGGCUCCAGGCUGAAGAGGCCGGUCGCCGCCUCCGCACCAUGCUCAGGCCCGACGACACUCUCCAGUUUUUCACCUCUCCCUACCGCCGCACUCGCGAGACGACUGAGGGCAUCCUGCGCUCGCUAACCUCUGAUUCCCCCACGCCGUCCCCCUUCCCGCGCCACCACAUCAAGGUCUUUGAAGAACCCCGCCUGCGAGAGCAGGAUUUUGGCAACUUCCAGCCAUGCUCGGCGGAAAUGGAGAGGAUGUGGCAGGAGCGCGCCGACUACGGCCACUUCUUCUACCGCAUCCCCAACGGCGAAAGUGCGGCAGACGCCUAUGACAGAAUCAGCGGCUUCAACGAAAGCAUGUGGAGACUAUUUGGUGAGGAGGACUUUCCUAGCGUCUGCGUGCUGGUGACGCACGGCCUAAUGACUAGGGUUUUCCUCAUGAAAUGGUACCAUUGGUCCGUCGAGUAUUUCGAGGACUUGCGUAAUGUAAAUCAUUGCGAGUUUAUCAUCAUGAAGCAGAACCCUGACAACGGUAAAUAUAUCUUGCAAAACCAGCUGCGGACUUGGUCAGACCUCAAACGUCGCACAACUGCUACCAAUGGUUCUACUGCUAUAAGUAUGACCGGGCCACCACCCCCCUUCGCUGCCUCUCCUACGAUACCAGUACGCCGAUGGGGUGGCUGUUCAAAUGGCUGCAAUCAUGAUCAAGUCAACUAUCCCCGCCGAACCCGUCGCCAAAACACCCAGGAUUUUGCUCCUCUUCCUGGGCCAGCUGUUCAAAAUGAAACGAAUAAGAAGUCCGAUCACCCUGCGGAUACUGAUGCUCCCAGCGAGGUCUCAAGAGAACAGGAUCAGAGUGGACAGUCUCAAGCAACAGAAACUAUAUCGGACGUCGAAACCCCUGGUCUACAUAUUACAUCCGCAGGCGAAGGUUUCCACCGUCCCUCUACGCCUCACGCAUCCCAUAUUCCGUUUAAGUAUCAUCUCCAUCCCGGCCGAGAUUUCGGAGGCUCCUGCUCCAGUGUCGUUGCCCCAGCUGAAGGGUUUUCGGAUGACAGCGAUUACUUUCCUGCUGGAAUGGCUGCUAAAUUUGGACCUGUGCCAAGGCCUCACUCAGCCCUCGCCGCUAGUAAGACAAGGUUCAAGCGCAGAACCCGGGAUGAGCGUACUUGGAAAGAGGAAAGCGGUAUGGGAUCAGGAGCAAGGGCCGAUGCUUUAGGUGAUGGAGAUAGUGGUGGCGAUGACGAGGCGGACGAUGAUGAUGAUGAAGGGAUGGGCUCUAGUGGUGGAGAGGAGAUCGGGGAAGAAGGGGAUGAACGAGUAGAAGAAGCAAAGCUGAAAAGCCGGCAGGGCUUUAGUGAAGUGUACUAAGACAACAUCAGGGUCUGUUAUUCACAGCUGCUGGGCAGCUCACAUUUAAGGCGCCGGCGGGGGUCAUGCCGGGCUAGAUAGAUACAUACGAUUCCCAUGAAGCAAUGAUAUGCAUACAUCACGAAAAUAAAAGAGGAUAUUUGUGGCCAAAGAC